UUACGAUGUUCAGAUCGCAGCCUAGUCCGCGGAAGGUAUAAAUUAUAGCGGUUUACCAUCAGGGGUGUAGGUUCGGCCGGAGCCACUGUUCCCAAUGCUCAUGAGUACCGACUUUGUUGGGCUGACCAAGAAGCGGACUUCUGCAAACCCCAUGGAGAGGCGGUUGUGGUUUUUCUGAAGUAGACUGCAGUCCUCGGAAGUGUCAAUAACUCUCCAUAUGUUCUGGUCGUCUUCAGAGUAGGCAAGCAGCAACCAACGCAGCUGUAGUUGAUCGUUGUUGUGGAUCAGGACCAAGGUAGGCCCCUACACUCUACCUUGGGCUUGAAAGCUAUUCCUGCAAAAUGGUCUCGGAAGAGAAACGCCAAUUCAAGGAGAUAUGCAGUCGCUUAGGUGUUGGUUCCGACAAACCGGAGGCGAGUAGACAUCGGUUAGGUCCCUCUCAAACUUUACGCUCUCUGUGGGAAAUGACCGGACAACCUGUCGAUCCACAGACCUACCAUAUGAGUACCUACCAGGAUCAAACUUUUGCGCUCCGAGCCAACGAAUCCUCAGCCCAGGGCUGUAGCGGUAAAAAACGCUCACGAUCUGACACGACGUCAAGCUCCGACGACGGAUUACUCCCUUCAGCUCCCACAGGUCAAAAAUCAGCCGCUCCCAGUCUCUCAUUAAAAGAUCUGUUCUGCCUCAUGAGCACUCUGAACAUCUGUUUCGGGCCCGAGUACGAUUUUCUCUCCGCCAGGAGUGAUGAGUUCUGUUUAGAACCAGAGCUUUGGCUGAUCAAACAUUACAUUUCGCAAUUCUGUUCCAUUUAUGUGGACAAAUACGAGGAGUUUGCCCCACAGCUGUGGAAGACGAUUGAAGAAGAGGUUGCGUCGAGUCAGUGCGUGAUAUACAGCUACCGCCCCGAUCACCUGUCUGAUCCAUACAGCUCCGGGUGUUUGGCCUCCUUCAAUUACUUCUUCCAUAACAGAUUUCUCCGUCGUGUGCUAUUUUUCUCGCUACGUGUGUUGAAUGACAUUCUUUCCCCAGAAGAUUAUAUUGACGAUGUUACGCAGGAUUUAUUUUAGCGCGAACUAUGCUUAGCUUCUUUAUUCUCUUUUCCCGAGUUGGAUGCACAGUUUCACUUUUCUAGUCACUGCGGUUACUCUUUUUAUAUCCCUUAAUACCUCCCCACACACAAGCUUUUGCUUGUCAGAUGACAAUCAUGAGUUGCUUUUAUCUCUGAUCUCUCUUUUGCUCACAAAUCAGGGGGCGCUGUUAAUGGCCACUCCUUUCAGGUAUCUUACUGUACAUAUCUUCCCCCCCCCCCACUAUGUUUACUCCCAAUGACGUAUAGCUCCUCUAUUCAUUUUAUUCACUUGGACAUAUUGCUGUACAUAAGGUCAUCCACUCAUUAUCCCACGUAUUUCACUUUUACAGUUUAUUCUCAUUAAUAUUAUUUGCCACUUUACCAAAGCUCAUCGUUAUACAGUUUCUGCUGCAUACU